AUGCUUGUCUUAGAAGAUCCCUCGUAUGAUAACAAAUUAGAUGGUAUAUCGUGUAUUGCGAGAAAAAAUCGCUCAAAAUGUUAUUUACGUUUGGAAAAUGUGGGUUUUGAAUAUUUGAUUGAAUUAAAUCCUCUCAAUUUAACAUGGUAUCAAUUGUGUGAUCAUCUGGCCACAAAGCCGGUAACACUCUUAUCCAAUGUCAACAAUAUUAAUAUUUUUGCCCGAACAGUUAAAAAUGAAUUAUAUCAUAAAUAUGCGAAUGAUACGUGGUAUGUAGAUACAAAAAAUGACUAUAAAAUUAUUGGCGAAGUGAGUUGUGUAACAGUGAAUGUUGAUGGUACGAUUAUCUGUUAUGUACGUACUGAACAAAAUGAAAUAUUAAUAUGGAAUCAAGCCGAUGACUCAUUCCAACAACUUCAAACACCAAAUAACACCAUUUCUUUUUUAACUGAUUUAUAUUGUACAUCUGAGUAUGAUGAUGGAAUUACAACUGUAGUAUGUGUUGCUACUAGUACAGAUUACAAUGUAUAUGGUAUGCUCUGUCAUUCAAAUGGUAUUCAGUGUAGUUCAUGGAUAUUAUUAUCAAUAAAAACUAAAUUCCAAAUUCAGUUAAGACCAUUAGUCUUCUUUUAUGGUAAUCAAAAAAGACAUUUAGGUUUGUAUGCAGUGUCCACUGAUAGUGAACCAUACAUCUGUACAUGUCAAAAUUGUACAGAAACGACUAAUAAUUGGAAUGAAAUUUGGUCUGAAUGGAUGUUAUUAACAUCAGUACGUCCGCUACAAACAUUAGAAAGCACAUUUAUUAAUGAUCAAGAUAAACUGGCCUAUAUUGUGGCCAUUACCCAAGAUGAUAAUAUGGCCUAUUCAACGUUUGAUGGUCAGCAUCAUAUACCACGACCAUUUCUAUCAUUAUCAAACAGAGUUACUAGUUAUUAG